AUGAUUUUAGCGCUGGUGGCCAAGGUUUUCGACAAGCAGCGAUGUGGGAUCCUGCUGGGAGUGGAUGCAUGUGAUAGCGCUGAACUCGCCGCCUUGAGUCUCACGGGCAAAGCAGCGAGUGUUCGACCUCUUGUUUGGUUCGGGUGCGCCAAAGUUCGCCUUACGAGUUCGCCGGAACCAAAAGGUUUUGCGAUGGGAGCUGACACGGCAUCCUCUGCUACCGCGCGGUGGCUCCAGUGGCAGGGCAAAGGAUCGACCCAGAAGCAGGUCGAGGAGACACUUCCCAGCAGCUUCAAUCUUGAUGGCCCGAUCUACUACCUGCGAGCAGGUAAGUCCGAGGUUGCAGCAUGCUACAUUGGCACAGGUGGCAACUUUCUCCUCCUCGGACCGAAAUGGAAUGUAAUCUUGGACUUCAUGGAUCUUUCCAAGCUGAAGACGAAAGCUAUGGGCUCCACAGUUUGUUUGUUUGGAGGCCAGGACAUCGUUCUGCGACUCUUUUUGCCGACGGUGGAGGAAGCCGAUCAAUGGGCACAGAAACUUAGUGCAGCCAGCUUUCAGCGAGUCUCAGACCAGUACUUGGCACACCUCCAAGCCAAGAUUCAGCAGCAGCAGAAGGCUACGCGAAGGGCGCAGCAGGCAGCCGCCUUCGGCACGUUCAUGGAGUGGCUCUGCUCCUCGUCAGCUCGUAUCGCAGCCGACAUGCGCUUGAAAACCCUAGUUCCUUCGCAUUGUGCGCCAGCCGCCAUUGGCGGCGAGCACCACGUGUAUCCGGCACGCUUCUAUAUGAAGCAGUGCAAAACAGAGGCGGCCGGCCGUAUCAGUAUUCAUGGAGACGCUCUCAUCAUGCAGUGGGCGGCGCGGGGUCGGGUCAUGAGACAAGCGGCCGUGCUGACAGGUGCAAGUGCGACGGUUGCCAUGUUCAUGGUCUCGGUGCGCGGAGAGAAUGGCCUGGCCAUGGUCCGCUUGUGGAUGAAUGACACGGAGGAGGCGGAUGAGAUUGCCAAGGCUAUCGAGGAGGCGGCGAAGGCAUCGUCCGAGUUGAUUCAUAGGAAGACUCGGCCGGCCGCUUCGACGACAAGGCGGCAAAUGGGGGCUGCAGCAUCGUGCAUUUGCAGCACGGUAUUGGGCGCGCCGAAGUCUGUCCGCAACAAAAUUGCACGCAGCUGCGCGAGCCAAGUCGUGGUACCCAGCAAGAAGAUCGAAAACGUUGCUAGCGGUGAUCUCCGCAUGGACGGCAAGUGCCACAUCCUCUUCCAGAAAGCUGCAGAGGCAAGGUUCUGCCACUGCACGCUCCGUGACGACACCCUUUGGUUCGGAGAGAAAGCAUCCUUCAACGACCAGGUCCUCAGUCUCAUCGGGGCCAAAGCACUUGCUUUCGACGACAUGGUGACCAUCUUCACGCCGAGUGGUGAAACUCACAGGCUAUGGCCAGACACUUCAGCCGGCACUCCUGAGCAGUGGUGCCUGGCCAUUCAGGCCGCAGGCACACAUUCAGCCCACCUGAGCAAGUGGGAGGCGAUGAUCAAGGCCGAGAAGUUUGAAGCCUUCGCAAAGGCUGAGGUGCGGCGCUUGGCUCGUGCUCAGCGAUUUAGGAAUCUCGGAGAGCGGUUGAUCUACCUCCCAGCGAAGCUCACCGGCCUGGUCCAUGUCGAGCGGCGUUGUGCCACGGAGGUUCUCAUGGCCUGGCAGCAGUCUUCCCAGUCCUCUCUCCUCGCUGCGAAGAUGGAGAAGUCGGCGAUCGGCGCCUCAGCCGGAAAGAGCCAACAAGCGCGCUUCUUCCGCAGAGCGGAUGCCGGCAGGGCACUGGAAAGGAGCCUGAUGAUCAAGGGAGAUGUGAUCUUUGUUUUCAAUGAGGACGGAAACAUGGAGAAGCCGGUGCCACUGGCAGGUGCCACGGUCUACACGAACCCAAACCAGAAAGUCUGCUCGGUUUGGUACGACGGCGUGAUGCAGGCACGCAUGUUCGUCCAGUCGGAGGAUGCAGCAGAGAGUUGGGGAGCUCAGCUCGAGGAGGCAUCGCUUCUACUGUCGGACGCCGAGGCUCGUCUCAAAGCCAAAGAUGCCGAAGUCAAGACUGCCCCGGCUGACGCGCCCAAAGCUGCGCCCAGUGCCGAAGAAAUGAUUACAUCGACUCCAUCGAUGAAGAUUACAUCGACUCCAUCGAUGAAGGUUGUGGCCCCACCGAAGAUGGCUCCUGAGGAACAUCAUUCGUCGCAGAAGCUGCAGAAGACACGCUCCAGAAGAUUUGUCGAAGAGACGUCUCCUGCAAAAGAGGGCGAGGCAUCGGCAUGUCCAGUUUCUUCCAGUUUCUUGUCCAAUGCGACAACCUUGCGCAGCCAUGCAGGUCCAGACUACAGCUUGUCUCCGAGUGCGUUCAAGAUAUCUCAAAGCCAGAGUCCUGACGCAACGAUCUCUUCCCCAACCUUGCGGCUGCCAUCCGGAGGAUAUGGGUACGGCGGCUCCAGCUUUCCACUGAACUUCAACUCCGGCCAAGAGCUUUCGACGGAGGUGCAGCGAAAGGCCGCGGAGUGGGAAAGGCAGAUUGAGUCCUUGGACGCCAAGGAGCUGGAAAUCCAUCAGACGCAGUUGCGAUUAAUCAGAGAACAGACGGCAGCCUUCCGAUCUGACUUCACAGCCUUGCGCAAGGAGCUGGCAGACACCAAGGCCAUCGUCCAGAGGCAGCAGGCCAGUGCCACUGAGAUGGAUGAUCUCCUAGCAAGGGAGCGCCAGGACAGGGAUGUGCAUCAUACUUCGCUGGGCAGUCGCAUCGAGUCUAUCGAGAAGAGCUUGCCCAAGCUGAAAGAUGAGAUCUCGGGCUUGAAAACGCUGCUCCGCGGUCAAGAUGUGGUCAUGAUCCUUCAGGCUCAUGAGGACGAGAUGAAGUCCAUCAAAGACUUCCAUGCCGAUCUCAGAAACAGGCACGGUGCCAGCGACCAGCACCAUGCAAGCAUGCAGCAGAGAGUUGACUACCUGGAGAAAAUGAUGGGAGACUCGGCGGACAAGCACGCAGCCCAUGUCAAGCAGCUUGAAGAGCUGCGCCGCAGCCACGACGACAUGAGGAACAGGCAUGGUGCCAGCGACCAGCACCAUGCAAGUGUGCAGCAGAGAGUUGACUACCUGGAGAAAAUGAUGGGAGACUCGGCGGACAAGCAUGAUAAGCACGCCUCCGUGGAAGAGCGGCUUAAGUUCUUGGAACAAGCGAUUGGUGACUCUGCAGAUCGACAUAGUCAAGAGUUGAAGCAAGCCAAAAUGCAACUGGAAGCUUUGCAUGGGAAGCUGUCGGAUGAGCAGGGACUCCGAGAAGGCCGAGACAAGCAUCACGCGACACUGGAGGAGCGGAUGCGCUACUUGGAGCAGGCCCUCGGAGACUCCGCUGACAGGCACUCCCGAGAGCUGAAGGCGCAUAAAGACGGCCGGGACAAGCAGCACGCUUCUCUUGAGGAAAAGGUGAAGUACAUCGAAAAGCUCAUUGGCGACUCUGCUGAUGAGCAUGCGAAAAAGCUCGAAGCUCACAAAAGAGAUCUGGAGGACCACAAAAGGAACCUUGAUGAUCACAAAAUGCAGGCCCAGAACCAGAAGGCAACUGUCGAAAGGCAUGCUUCUUUCGAGCAGCGGCUUGACUUCUUGGAGCGUGCUCUAGGAGAUUCGGCUGAGCACCAUACAGGGCAGCUGCGUGCCGCCAAGGCGGAGCUGGAGCAGAAGCAGCAGGCGCAUCAUGCAGCGACGGGCUCACUGGCAGACCGUCUCCAAUACUUGGAAAGAUGGUUCGGCGGGCUGCCUGGGUUUCAACCUCCUCAGACUGGGACUGGCGGAGCGACUUUGAGGCCUGCUUGGCCCUCGCGAUCCGCCUCGUGA